AUGGGAGGAGCAUGUGGUUACGGCAACCUCUACACCGAUGGUUACGGGACAAACACGGCAGCGUUAAGCACCGCGCUGUUCAACGACGGCAAAUCUUGCGGCGGUUGUUACCAAAUGGUCUGCGAUGCGACCAAAGUGCCACAAUGGUGUCGUAAAGGGAAAUGGAUAACCAUCACAGCUACUAAUUUCUGUCCUCCAAACUACGCUUUAUCAAAUGAUAAACGGAGGCUGGUACCUCAUUUCGAUUUGGCUCAGCCUGCGUUUGAGUCCAUCGCCAUUUACAGAGCCGGUAUCGUCCCGGUUCUCUACAGAAGGGUCGGAUGUAGAAGAAGCGGAGGGAUGAGAUUCACGAUGAACGGUAGAGAUUACUUUGAGCUUGUCCUCAUCUCAAACGUAGGAGGUGCAGGUGAGAUCUCACAAGUAUGGAUCAAAGGCUCUAAGAGCAACAAAUGGGAGACAAUGUCAAGAAACUGGGGAGCUAAUUGGCAAAGCCUCACUUACCUCACUGGACAGAGUCUCUCAUUCAGAAUCCAAACCAGUAAUGGCAAAAUCAAGACAGCACUCAACGUUGUUCCUUCGAAUUGGCGGUUUGGUCAGAGUUUCAAGAGCAACUUAAACUUCUGA